GGGAAUCAGAGUGAGACCUCUUCACUUUCCCCUCCUCUUCGGUGACGCUGUAGCAGCCGAGCCGCUGCCGGUUCGCUCCCCUCACUGCCUCACUCCGCCCGGCUGGCUGACUGCGUGCUGCACACACCGCGUUUAAACCGGGAGACAGAGAGGGCGCAGAGGCGAACCCACCACAGACAGUAGCGGGUCUGCACCUCGACUACACGGACUGUGGAUUUAAGCAAGAAAGGCGAAGUUGAAGGCGUCACCACUGCGACAGGGGAGCCGCUCUGCACUGCUGUCCAGUUAACAAGGUCAGAGGUCAGUGAAGGCAGUGGUACCAGUGGAUGGAGAUGAUGUCCAUGCAAAUGAGUGAGGCGGACAGUGUGGUGAAAGUGGCCGAGUGGCAGCAGACCUACUACGCCUCAGACUCUGGCAUCCAAUCAGGAGCCACCACACUCCGGGACGACGAGAGCAGCACAGAGUACAGCGGCCGUAAGAAGUACACAGGCAGCACCACAACCACUAACGCCACUGCUCCUGCUACUGCAACCACUGGGGGAGGAGGAGACACAGCAGCUGGUGGACUAGAGAGCCCCACAGAUUUAGAUGCUCAGUACUCACUAACCCGGGCUCAGCGUGUCAGGGCUGCCAUGUUCCCAGAGACCCUGGUGGAAGGGGAGGCGGCUAUACCUGUCCAGUCAGAUCCUACACAGCAGAGCAAUGUGCAGCGACUGGCUGAACCCUCCCAGCUGCUGAAGACUGCUAUCGUCCACCUGAUAAACUACCAGGACGAUGCUGAGCUGGCCACCAGGGCGGUGCCAGAGCUCACCAAGCUUCUGGCAGAUGAAGAUCCGGUUGUGGUGAACAAGGCAGCCAUGAUAGUCAACCAACUGACCCGUAAGGAGGCCAGUCGCCGGGUGCUAGUGCAGUCCCCGGCCAUGGUAGGUGCCGUGGUGCGUGCCAUGACGACAGCAGUUGACAUGGAGACAGCCCGUUGCGCUGCCAGCGUGCUCCACAGCCUGUCCCAUCAGAGGGAGGGACUACUGGCCAUAUUCAAGUCUGGAGGGAUACCAGCACUAGUCCGCAUGCUAAGUACACCGGUGGAAUCAAUCUUAUUUUACGCCAUCACAACACUACACAACCUGCUACUGCACCAGGAGGGGACCAAGAUGGCGGUACGUCUUGCUGAUGGCCUGCAGAGGAUGGUCCCCUUACUGAAAAAGAGUAACCCCAAGUUCCUUGCCAUCACCACUGACUGUCUGCAGCUCUUGUCCUAUGGCAACCAGGAGAGCAAGUUGAUCAUCCUAGCCAAUGGGGGCCCAGAGGGUCUGGUGUUCAUCAUGAGGAACUACAACUAUGAGAAGCUACUGUGGACCACCAGCCGUGUUCUCAAAGUGUUGUCUGUCUGUCCCAGCAACAAGCCAGCGAUAGUAGAGGCUGGUGGUAUGCAGGCUUUAGGCCAACAUCUUACAGGUUCCAGUCAGCGUCUGAUCCAGAACUGUCUGUGGACACUCCGCAAUCUGUCAGAUGCUGCAACCAAACAGGAGGGGUUAGAUGGUCUGCUGCAGAUACUGGUAACCCAGCUGGGCUCAGAUGAUGUCAACAUGUUGACCUGCGCAACUGGCAUCCUGUCCAACCUCACCUGUAAUAACUCACGGAACAAGACUCUGGUGACUCAGUACGGCGGCGUGGAGGCAUUGAUCCACGCCGUGCUUCGUGCCGGGGAGAAGGAGGAUGUCGCUGAGCCGGCUGUCUGCGCCCUGCGUCACCUCACCUCCCGCCACCAGGAUGCUGAACUGGCCCAGAAUGCUGUGCGGCUGCACUAUGGUAUCCCAGCUGUUGUCAAGCUCCUGGGGCAGCCACACUACUGGCCUGUAGUAAAGGCUACAGUUGGUCUGAUCCGGAACCUGGCGCUGUGUCCGGCCAAUCAGGCGCCACUAAGGGAGGCUGGUGCUAUUCCACGAUUGGUCAACCUGCUGCUGAAGGCUCACCAGGACACCCAGAGACACGCCUCCUCUGCACAGCAGACAUACCAGGAUGGUGUUCGUAUGGAGGAAAUAGUAGAGGGCUGCACAGGAGCACUUCACAUUCUGGCCAGAGACCCAAUAAACAGAGGAGAAAUCGCCAGCAUGCAAACCAUACCACUGUUUGUACAGCUGCUGUACUCAUAUGUGGAGAACGUGAAGCGAGUAUCAGCAGGCGUCCUGUGCGAGCUGGCCCUGGACAAGCAGUCUGCAGAGCUCAUCGAUGCAGAGGGAGCGUCGGCGCCCCUCAUGGAGCUGCUGCACUCCAAUAACGAGGGAAUUGCCACCUAUGCUGCAGCGGUGCUGUUCCGAAUUUCGGAGGACAAGAGUUCAGACUACAGGAAGAGAGUUUCAGUGGAGCUCACACACUCACUCUUCAAACACGAUCCUGCUGCUUGGGAAAUGGCCCAUACUGCGGUUCCUCUGGAGCCAACAUACCUAGCUGAUGAGUUAGAUGUUUCUUACCCUCCCUAUGGCUACACUGAUCUGCCUCUGGACACCCUGCCGCUAGACCCUGACCUCCACGAACCCUACAUCCCCGACAUGACCUACGACCCAAGACAGGCCUACCCUGAACCGCUCUAACAGGAAAAUAUGAAACAUAAAUGUGGAAAGAAAAUUAGAGAAUGACCAAAUCACAGGAAGAAAGACUGGAGGAAUGGAUGGAGGGAGAAUGGAGAUUGGAGGUUUUAAUUGCAAAGGGAAUCAGCCCUUUCCAAGAGUGAAAGAACGUCCCAUUUGGCAAUCAAGAACUAUGAAAAGAGGUUGCUUGUUAAAAGAGGUUUAUUGUUGCUGUAAAUGAAAAAUGUAACUUUGUUAUAAUGUUUUACUGUGGGCAAAAAGUGGGGGUGGGGGAUGUCUAAAGUUUUGGGGCACUGUUACACGGGUAACUUUUCGGAGCAAUCAAGUUAGGCAAGAAUGCCUUAUGUUGGCAGUUUGGGACGUGCGGGACAAGCAGGAGGGGCUCAACCAAAUUUAGCUGAUAAUCCUUACCAAAUGUUUUAAGCAUUUCAUCUGUAAAGGAAUUACGAGUCAGAGGGAAUUUGAAUUUGCUGAAAUGACAACAAAUCAUUGUUAAAGUGUGACGUCAGUGAUGCAAUGCCUGUUGUAAUAUUGGUUGUGAUAUACAGGAAUUUUUUCCCCACAUGUGGAUCUCUCAUAGGAAACACCCAUAUUAGUCAGUAAGAAGUUCCAUUACGUUCUAUUUAACUAUAAUCCCCGGUUUAACCAAUUUUUGUACUGACAUCAACAAAAACAAUAACUCUGCAGGUUUGCCUGCAAAAGAUGCAGCUGUUCACAGGCAUAGAUUUUCUCCUGAUAAUAAUUACUUCCAAUCACCGUUGCUACCAAAUGCUACCCGUGUAUCCCAGCCUGUAGCUGCUGUCUUUUAGAUGUUUCCUCUGUGUAUUUGAACAGUGCACACGUCCCAGGGUGUCCGUGUGUGGUCGUUGCAUGGUAGUAUAUCGUGUACUCAUUGAAAUAUUCUUCACCUUUACAUACUGAGAAAAAAAAUGACGUCCAGGUUUUGCAGGCCAUUUUUGGAUGACGCUGGCCAUUUGGGAUAACCUCCGGGUGGAACUGGACUACAAAUCCCACCAUGUCCUCACUUUCACCAAGCAGAUAUUCUGUUCAAAUGUCCACAGGAAAUGGACUACAAAUCCCUUUGGCAUCUUUGGCAUCACAGUACAGUUCCUAUCUUUUACCAGUCAUACCCAAUGGACCUUUCCUAAGUCCCGCCCCUUUUGGAACCACAGCUAACUUUCUCUUUUCCUUUACUUA